CCAAAAAAUAUGUAAAAGAAGAUAAAUUGCAUGUGUUUCUCCCGCUUUAGAACCUUUUAAAGUGCUUCACGUAACAAAAUGUUUCGAAUGCAAACUCGAAAAUAAGUAAUGACAAAGCGAUAAAAGUUAAACAAAAUAUUGUGCAACAAGCUUUGUAAUUGUUUGUGAUUAUACGCACUAUUACGAUAAGGCUAAUCGCUUACGCUUUAUUCCAUUACUUGCAGAAAGUAGUGUGCACUUUUGUUCUGAAGUUAACCGAGGUUAAGUCACGCUAUUAAUUUUCCAACUUUUUGUGUGCUAUAAAUUUUGUUUAAUUAAUGUCCAACACACCUUUUGAAGAUAUCGAUAAUAAUGACAGUGCCAAACCCGGUUGGUUUAGUACUGACUGGUUGUGCUGGAAUAAAUUUUCCGACAUGAUGCUUCGUACAGUGGAAAAGAAAAUUUUGUCCUACCUUAAGACACCAUUUAGAACCUGGUACGUGGACAUAGGACCUGUCGUGGGGACGUCGGAUAAAAUAUGGACUAUAUCGUUGAAUACAAACUCCAACAAUACACCUCUAGUAAUGUUACAUGGGUUGGGGGCAGGUGUAGCUCUUUGGUGCCUUAAUUUUGAUAGUUUAGCUCAAAAAAGACCUGUUUAUGCCAUUGAUUUACUUGGUUUUGGAAGAAGUUCAAGGCCUAGCUUUAGUAAAGAUGCUUUAGAAGCUGAGAAGCAAAUGGUUCGAGCUGUAGAAGAAUGGAGACGCGAAAUGAAUUUAGAAAGUUUCAUUUUACUCGGUCAUAGUAUGGGUGGAUUCUUAGCCAGUUCAUAUGCACUUUCAUAUCCACAGAACGUUAAACAUUUAAUCUUGGCAGAUCCCUGGGGAUUUCCUGAAAAGCCACCAGAGUCGCAGAGGAAACCGAUUCCAGUUUGGGUAAAAGCUAUUGCUUACACUUUGAAACCUUUCAACCCCUUGGCAGCUGUUAGGGCUGCAGGACCUUGGGGACAAUGGCUGAUUGAUAAAAUGCGACCAGAUAUUACAAAGAAAUUUUCAGGAGUUAUCAAAGAAGAAGGAGUCAUCACCCAGUAUUUAUACCAGUGCAAUUCGCAAAAUCCAACAGGUGAAAGUGCGUUUCACACGAUGAUGGCAGGUUUUGGUUGGGCAAAGUACCCGAUGGUUAAACGUAUAGGUGAUUUGGACCUCCGAGUUCCGAUUACUAUUUUGUAUGGGUCGAGAUCGUGGAUCGAUAAUUCAGCCGGCCAGAUAAUUCAGGAAAAACGAACGGACUCCUACGUACGAGUGCGUGUCUUGCCAGGGGCCGGUCAUCACGUCUACGCUGACAAACCUGAAGCGUUUAAUUACAGCGUAAUUGAGGCGUGUGACCUCACGGACGCGAACGAACAAUUGACCAACGUUCACGUGACACAAUCAUCUCGUGACGGUCUCCUACAUCUUAUUACAACAGAUGAUCACAAAGAAGACGAAUACAGGACGGUAAUACCUAAUAACAAUGUUGCUGAUGAUAAUAAAACCGACGGUACAAAGACAAUUAAAGAAACUGAUACGGUACCGGUUAAUAACAAUACAUGAGCCAUUGGAUACGGUAUUUUAUUUUUAUGUUUUUUUUUUUCGUUUUUAUACACGAGCCUUUCUAUUUAUUGUUUUUUUUAAUCAAGCUUGCAACUAGAAGAUAGUUAUGGUUUUUAUCCACGGUUAAUUAAUAAUUAUCACCUUUAAUACGAACGUGAAAGGCCUGUGUGAAAAAAUUCCUUAUAGUAGCCAAAAGAGUGAGAAAAAUUGUGAUAUGAAAUAUAUAAAAAUAAGUAGGAAAUUUUUUUUUGACAAAAAACUGACAAUAUAAAUUAAAUGUAUAUUUGGUAAGAUUUAGCACGUUAAAAGAUUCGUUAUUCCAUUUCGAAAAUUAAUUUUCUCAAUUAUACAGUAUUAGACCCUUUUUAUGUUUAAAUUAGCACAAAACUAUUAAUAACAAUGAAUAUUUUUUUACUACUGCACCUGCACCUGGAAUAAGGUUUUUUCAAUAUCUAAUUGUUUACAUAUUGUUUUAAUAUUUUAAUUUGUGUAUUAAUUUAUUUAAAAGAAAAUAAAAA